CGUCCGAAUGAAAUAAGCCGCUGUUAGGAACCGCCGCGGCAAGUUAUUUUUUUGUUCCUGGUAGGGGGAGAGGAGCGCCCGGCGGCGAUGCGAAGCCCCGCUUGAGCCUUCUUAGAACCCUGAUGCCCCUGGACGUUCUAGAACGCCGCGGCUUCCGAGCGUUCCACGGUCGAAUCCUAAGCCUGCUCCGAUCGCCUUUGAUCUUGAGACUGGCGGCGGCGUCUUUCUCCUGCCUUAUGCAACCCUGCGCUCGGGUUAUUCACCCUAAAAAUUAUUAUUACUAUUUUUAUAAAGCCAACUCCCCCAAGUUUUGGAACCCGCUGUUGAUAAUAGAUUAGUUUCCGAUCAGGCUUCCCUUGCGCUAAAAGCGGCGCUAUGAUCGUGGCGGACUCUGAGAGCUGCGGCUGCUCCGGAGUCGAAGGCUAUCUGCCCUGCGAAAACUGCGGAGCUUUCAGUAGGGAGAAGGACAGAGGCCUGAAAAUCCCCCGGCAGUUAGGACGAGGUCCGAGCUCCUUCAUCCCCGUAGAAGAGAUCCUACAGGAAGGAGUAGAGAGUGCCCAGCGGCGCCUCUUCAUUGAGGCCUUUGUUUCGACAGGCAGGGUGGAUAACAUCACCAUGGUGAUGGGGCUGCACCCAGAAUACCUCACCAGCUUCUGGAAGACUCAGUAUCUCCUCCUGCGGAUGGACGGCCCACUGCCCUAUCACAAACGCCACUAUAUCGCUAUCAUGGCUGCUGCUCGGCAUCAGUGCUCCUACCUGGUUGGCUUUCACAUGGCAGAGUUCCUCCAAGUCGGCGGGGACCCACUGUGGCUGCGAGGUUUGCAGUAUGCCCCGCAGAAACUGCGGAACCUCAACGAGAUCAACAAGAUCCUGGCCCACCGACCCUGGCUGAUCACCAAGGAUCACAUCAAGGCACUCCUGAAGACGGGCGAUAACAGCUGGUCCCUCGCAGAACUUAUCCAAGCGCUGGUGCUCCUGACGCAUUAUCACUCCUUGGCUUCUUUCGUGUUUGGGUGUGGCAUCAACCUGGAAAUCGACCAGGACGGAGGCCACGCAUUCCAGCCCCCUUCGCCACGCAGCUGUGAUAGCAGCCCAGCUUCGGAGGAUGGAGUGAGCGCUUCCAGUGGCACAGAUGCUAUGGAAGAGGUGGAGGUGUUGAUGGAGAGGAUGAAGUUGCUUCAGGAGUGCCAGUUGGAAGAGGAGGCCGUCACCCAGGAGGAGAUGGAAACACGCUUCGAGAUGGAGAAAACCGAGAGCUUGCUUGUUACUACCUCAGUAGAUAUUGCCGAACACUCCCUGCCUCCCAACGUCCUGUGCUUUGUGGAGGAUCCAGAGUUUGGAUACAAGGAUUUCACCAGGAGAGGAGAGCAAACGCCACCAACUUUCCGAGCCCAGGACUACACCUGGGAAGACCAUGGCUACUCUCUCAUCAAUCGCUUGUAUCCUGAUGUGGGGCAGCUGCUAGAUGAGAAAUUCCAGGUGGUCUACAACCUGACCUAUAACACAAUAGCUAUGCACAGCGGUGUGGACACUUCUAUGCUCCGGAGGGCCAUCUGGAAUUACGUUCACUGUGUCUUUGGCAUUCGGUAUGAUGACUACGAUUAUAGGGAAGUGAACCAGCUCUUGGAGCGCAGCUUGAAGGUUUACAUCAAAACAGUAGCCUGCUACCCAGAGAAAACCACUAAGAGAAUGUAUACACACUUCUGGAGACAUUUCAAGCACUCCGAGAAGGUACAUGUCAACCUGCUUCUCCUGGAAGCCCGCAUGCAGGCUGCCCUGCUUUACGCCCUACGUGCCAUCACCCGCUACAUGACCUGAUGGGACCGUCCCCUCUCUUGUCCUGCAAGAAGCACUGACCACCUGGAGGACAGGGGAGAUUUUUAAAGUUAGCGAUCUGUUUUCAGAAAUCAUCAUGAAAAGACCGGGCCGUGUCUCUGUCUGGCUAUUGGAGAUAAAAAGUGUAGUUUCAAGAGGAUCUCCUGACAAGAGACUGCCAAGAAAAGGGGGUUUGGGGAAAAGUCCAAACUGUUCAGGUGAACCUGUGGUGAAAAAUGACUUUCGCAUACUCCUGCCACUUUGGCUGGAUCUGGAGCCAUCAGCGGCUUGCUGCGUGGCUUGCAAGCUCUGUCGCUGGCCAAUGUAGGGUCUCCGGGUUCCAUGGGGUCAGUUUUGGGCUGGAAUCUUGGAAGACUAGUUUGCUAAGCCUUUGAUUGGCCCAGGAUGUGUUCGAAUGGGUGGUAGCUUCCUGCCACAGCUGCACCCAUCUUCCCCCCUGCCCCCAAAUUAAGAGUGCAAUGAAUUUCUGGUCUUCUGGUUGCAUCUUUUUGCAAGGUUGCUACUCCUCGACCAACUGGGGCGAAGAUUCGAUGAACCAAAGAGAUCCUUCUGCCGUACCAAAAGUGCGCUUUCUUUCUGUGGCCUAUAUACUUGCUGUCGGUCUUUGAAGGUUCAAGCAGAUCACCAGUGUCUCUUGCAAACUUGAUGAUUGUUUAAAAAUUGGGAAGGUGGCGUGCUGGGGGUUGGGGCAGAUUGACUGUUCUCUGCGAUUGGUGGUUAUACUGCAUUUCUGCUGGUAGAGGGUUUUUGCCCUCCAAACACUGUCCUUGUUUUGUGUACAGUUCUGGGGGGAUGGGUUGGGAAGAAAUGCAAUGUUAGGGAUAAGCUGGGCCAGAAUCUUAGAGAUUUUUUUUUUUUGGCAGGUGGGCAAGGGGUGGGAGUCAUGUGAAAGUUGGGCAGUUUUGCACUGGAGGUACUGCACGUCUGGAGCACGCAGCUCUUCUGUUUUUGAGUGGACCAUCCAUUCAUGCCGAGGGAGAGGAUGUGAAUUUCUGUUCAAAAAGUUCCCACUUUAAGGCAGAUGGGUCUUUUGGCAAAAUCUGCCUAUAAUAGCUCUGAUUCCAAGAUCUUCUCUUGCUUUUGUAUUUUGAGAAUUCAAAUUAGCAGAACUUCUUUACAACUUCCUCUCUCCCCAAAGUCCUAAUUAUUAGCUUUCAGCAAUGGGAAAAUCUCCUUUCCUGAAUUGCCUAUGUUUCGGCAAUUUUGCUCCCUCAGUGACUUUCAGUUGGGCGGGGAGGAUUAACCUGAAAUCCUCUGGAAUGUAAUUUGCGGCCAAAGUGGAAACCCCCCCCCCCUCGAUAGGAGCAGUGGCCACAUUGUACAAUCCAGUGGUCAGCUUGUGCAUAUUGCAGUUGAUACCCACACCUUGUCUUUGUUCAGACAACAUGGCAGCUGCAGAGAGUAGGAAGACCUGUGCACUCAUUGGAGGCAACAUCUGAAAAGAACUUGCUGAGCACAGCUACUGAUUCAUUUUUUUCCCACCCCAAUUGUUUCCUUUGACCCUUUUAACUCAGUUAUUUCUUUAAAAUGUCCCUCCAUUUCAAAACAUCCAAAAGGUAGUUGUAUGUUUCAUUCUAUCAUUCACAUCUUGCCAUGAGAUUUACCCUUCUUGCUGUGAACUUGUAACAUUUCUGUGCGUUUUAACCCUUUUCACUCAAGGGGUCAAAUUCUUCUCUUCAUGGAGUAGGAAGAAGGUGGGGCUGCAAGAGAAUUCCUGUAAUGUCGAUUGUGCAGCCAGUGCAGACAUCUUCGCAGAUAACAAUCCUGUACCUUCAAACAAAGGAGAACUCAAAUGCCUGAAACAUGUGCUAUAUGCCCAAAGCUACUGCAGAGGUGCUUGGAAUUGCUCUUAAUGUAGUCUGCCCAGAUCUCUGACAGCAUGGCCUCUGAGCUGCUUACAGCAAACAGCCUAUGGAGUUCACUGUUGUGGCAUGCGGGAUUCUGGCCAUGUUCCACUCUCCUAAUAUGGUUAUGGGUCCAUCCUAUGCAAAGGUGCCAAAUAGCCCAUCCUGAUUGUGGAGGAAGGAGAGAGAUCUUUGAGGGUUUAAAGACAGGUACCAUCUUCACUAAGAACAAAGCUGACCUUCUCUGUCCUGAUUCAGGCACGCUUCUGUCCCCCCUUCGUCUUGCUGAGACUGGAAGCCUCCAGCCCAAGGGUUAACAGACUAGGAACUGAGCCCUCAAAUCUGUUAAAAUUAGGCUUUGGAAGGCACAGUGCCUCCUUUCCCCAACCUGAUCUCACCUGCCAGAGAGCUGUCUGCCAAACAGCUACUCAAAGGGGUGACUUACAGUGGGCUUGCAACAGAGUCCCCGAAUUUCUUUCCAGGAGUCCAGAUAGAUUUAUAUUUCUUCUGGUGUACUAAUUUUCUUCUUUAAAAGGAAGUCCCUGGAAACAUGUGACAGUUGCCCUUGGAAGAUGGUCAAAGAGGUCUGUGUGCUCCAAGUGUAGUUACCCUUGGAUGGCAUAAACAUCCAGUUUUGUCAGUUGUCUGGUUUAUUACAGCUUGGAGCCCCCCUCCCCCACCAACUUCAGAUCCCUGAUUUGUCCUCGACAGUGUUCCUUCAGGUCUACUGAUUCCCAGGAGCAGUAUUUUUGGAGGGGACCCACAAAUCUGCAUUUCCUGCAGCACAACUCUGCUUAAGCAGUUAAGGAGCUGGUCCUAGGCAUAAAGACACUGCCUUACGAUACCUCUUCCAUUGCAAAGCUAGACUUAAUGGCUUUCUGAAACAGGGACUUGCUAUUAAAUAUCUAGGACACAUUCUGUAAAAUUUUGCAAGGUUCUCUCUCUCUCCCCAGCCAUUUUCACAGGGGAACGCAAGUCAAAGUAGCAUUACCAUGGAACAGCCUGGCGCGUGGCUGUUUUGCAGAAUGAGCCCCUGCCAUCUCUGAAAAGGGGAUUUCUGGUUUUGUCCUUGCUCACAGCAGUAUUAUACAAUCAGGCAACAAACACACUGUGAAAUUCAGAGGCUGGCUUGUCUCAUGACUGGGCUGAGCAGGCCUCAACUCCUCAAGCUGGUUUUGAUCAUUGUUUCUGCCGCCGCCGCCCCCCCCCCCCGUCAAUUCCUGGUUUGUUUUUCAAGCUAAUGUUUUCUACCCAUUUUGCACAGUACGGAUGGCUUCAUCAGCAUCCAGGUCCUUUUUUUUUUGUUCUUGUUGGUUGUUGUACGUUCAUUUCUGGUGGAUCUUUUUUUUCCUUUUCCUUUUUUGUGGGAUAAGCCAGUUUCUGUGACCUUGGGAGGUGAAGAAUCAGCCCAGUAUAAAUGGGGGGGGGGAAGGGGGAUGGAGAAAGGGUGGCCAGAGAAGUAGAACUCUUUAGGUGGGUGUGGCUGCUACAUUUCACACCUGCACCAGAUGUUUUUUUGCCAUCUGGCCACCCCCCCCCCUUCCAAGUGGGACAGUCAGAGUCCUGGCAGUCUCCCUUAAUCUCAGCUGCACCUUCACUCUGUGUAAAUUAUUAUGGUUUUUUAAAUGUAUUUACUCUUGACUGUACCAUUGUUGUGACUUUGCUACCAAUUCUGUUUUGACAAAUAAAAUUGCCUUUUGUUUUCCAAA